CCGAGACACUUACUUACACACAGUUCAUACACACAGACAGCACAUGGACAGAUACACACUCUGGCAGCACUUCAGAGCGAUAACUGCACAGAGUGUUUAAACAGAGUGUUGCGCUCACCUUUUUGACAGCUGCCACAUCCAUUCUGACCUUUUUUAAUAACAUUUUCUUCAUGUUUUAAGAAAAGUGACUGUCUUCUCCUCGUUGUCCUCAGGGCAGGAAGACACUUGUCUUUAGUUGUUGAGGUAACAGCAUUGGGAGAUUUUAGGACUAUUUGCUCUUUGUAGCGUCAGCAUCCUCACCGUGGUAAAGCUGUCUGCGGGGGCUCGCCGUCAGCAUGCAGGUGUCUUUUGUGUGCACGGACCACCGAGCUGUCAGCCGCAGCACAGAGGACCGACUGAACAGACAGAACACCAACAGCCCGAGUUUGGGGACAAAAAGCAAGUUUCGUACUGUGGCGAUGGUGGCCCGCAGCCUGGGCCAGCUGUCUGUGCAGAGCAUGCCUUCCUCUGGUGACCACUGCUUGAGAACUGGCAUGAAAUAUAGGAACCUUGGGAAAUCUGGCUUACGGGUAUCAUGUCUAGGGCUGGGCACAUGGGUGACGUUUGGUGGUCAAAUAACGGAUGAGAUAGCUGAGCAGCUGUUGACGCUGGCGUAUGAGAACGGUAUCAAUCUGUUUGACACAGCCGAGGUGUAUGCAGCAGGGAAGGCUGAAAUGGUUCUCGGCAGUAUUAUCAAGAAGAAAGGAUGGAGACGUUCCAGUUUGGUCAUCACCACCAAGAUAUACUGGGGUGGAAAAGCAGAAACUGAGAGAGGCUUGUCUAGAAAGCACAUAAUAGAAGGUCUAAGGGCAUCACUGGAGAGACUUCAGUUAGAGUAUGUGGACGUAGUGUUUGCUAACAGACCUGACCCCAACACGCCAAUGGAAGGAGAUCCAUUUAACACUUCAAAAUCAAGAACAUUCAUCAUAGAAGAGACGGUUCGAGCGAUGACCCAUGUGAUUAACCAGGGAAUGGCCAUGUAUUGGGGCACGUCCCGCUGGAGCUCCAUGGAGAUUAUGGAGGCAUACUCUGUGGCGCGACAGUUUAACUUGAUCCCACCUGUCUGUGAGCAGGCCGAAUAUCACAUGUUUCAGAGAGAAAAAGUGGAAGUACAGUUGCCUGAACUCUUCCAUAAGAUAGGCGUGGGAGCCAUGACGUGGUCUCCGCUGGCCUGUGGAAUCAUCUCAGGGAAGUAUGACAGCGGUGUGCCUCCUUAUUCCAGAGCCUCUCUCAAGGGCUACCAGUGGUUGAAGGACAAGAUCCUGAGUGAGGAAGGCCGCCGUCAGCAGGCGAAGCUGAAAGAGUUGCAGGCCAUUGCGGAGCGGCUGGGCUGCACGCUGCCCCAGCUGGCUAUCGCGUGGUGUCUGAGGAAUGAGGGGGUGAGCUGUGUGCUGCUGGGCGCCUCCAGCACUGAGCAGCUGAUGGAGAACAUAGGAGCCAUUCAGGUUCUUCCAAAAUUAUCAUCAUCAAUUAUACAUGAAGUGGACAGUAUCCUAGGCAACAAGCCCUACAGUAAAAAGGACUACCGGUCUUAAAAGGAAAGCCAGUGAUGCUGUGUCGACCUGCUUCUUUCUCUGAACUCUGACUGAAAAAAACAUUGGCACAUAGGACCAGCACUGUCACAGGUCCUGCAGGAGACGCCAGCUCGCACACUGCAGUACAUGGAGUCUGCCGACAUUAGCCUGAUAAUAGGCCAAGAUCCGCACAGGCAGAAGGGAAGCAUGCUCACGUACAAAUCAGCUAGGCCGGCUCAAUAAGCAGAAGGCCGCUCCAGGAAACCACUGAAAUCAAGCGCACGGGCUCGCUUCCUCCUCCCCUUUGAAGUAGUACAUUAUUAGAGAUCCAGAAUUUGUACUUAGUCUAGAAAUGCAUGAGAUCCACUAGCAUUUGCACGUGCUUUUUUCCCUACAUUUUGGAAAACAAAUACAUUUGCAUAUGCUCACAGGAAGU